AGAAACCCCCUUGGACGGCAACCCCCUCCUCCCAACUCCACUCUGCUGGGUACUCAGACUACCUCCUUAGAGCUAACCGACACAUACACUCACCAUGUUCAUCAUAGACUGGUUCAAGAGCUUCCUCGCCGACUGGGGCCUGCUCAACAAGAACGCCAAGAUUCUCUUCCUGGGUCUCGACAAUGCUGGGAAGACGACGCUGUUGCAUAUGUUGAAGAAUGAUCGGCUUGCAACGCUUACGCCGACGCUUCAUCCGACAUCUGAGGAACUUCAAGUUGCCAACAUCAAGUUCACCACAUACGAUCUGGGAGGGCACCAGCAAGCGCGGCGGCUAUGGAAAGACUACUUCCCAGAGGUCCACGGAAUCGUCUACCUCGUAGACUGCGCCGACCAGGAGCGAUUCGCGGAAUCAAAAGCCGAGCUUGACGCCCUCCUCUCAAUCGAAGAGCUCUCCAAAGUCCCCUUCCUGAUUCUCGGCAACAAGAUCGACGCCCGCGGCGCCGUAUCGGAAGAAGAGCUCCGUCACGCGCUGGGCUUGUACCAGACCACGGGCAAGGGCAAAGUGCCGCUUGCCGACAUCCGCCCCGUCGAGCUGUUUAUGUGCUCGAUUGUGAUGAAGCAGGGGUAUGGCGACGGGUUUAGAUGGUUGUCGUUCUAUAUUCAAUAAAUCGAUGCGAGCGGGUUGGAAAGUGGAUGAGGUUCCUUGGUCUAGGUUUCGCGGUUUGGCAUUCUCUCAGAUCGGCACUAGGCUUGGGCUAUGGGAGAUAGCGUCCCGCUGGCAUGAGUCUGAAGUUCAGCCGAUAUUAGCCAAGAAGCUCAGCGCACCUCCUCAAAUAGUUCAUCAGCGGAUAUCAAUACACGGUUCCCCGAUCCACUCGACAACCGUCUACCCAACUCUAUGACUUAGCUCUCUGUAUCCCGCUGCGAACUGAUAUGUGCGCAAUACAAUACAACGGAUGGAGCUUUAUAGGCCUGGGUUUUUGGAGAUCGGGUCGCGGCACGAACGGGAAGCUUCACCGACAAGCCACCGUGCAAGCGACCUCUUUCAAAUUUCGAGCCUCAAC